AUGAAACCAAGCCCGACUCUCCUGCAGGGCAAGGUCUUCGGAGUGUCCCGCAUGCUCAGUGGCUCCCAUCUUAUGGCACACGUCUUUGCUCACCAGCAAGGCUGGUCUCCGGCCACAGACGCUCCACUCAAAACCGUCGGAACUCUCGACGGCGCGCGUGAAGCCAUGGGGAAAGAACUUAUCGAUGCCUGGCUCUGGGAGAAGUUCACAACGAAGCACCUGGUGGAUGCCGGAGAAUGGGACAUCAUCGGAGAGGUCCCAACCCCUUGGCCCUGCUUCCUCUUCGUGGCCUCUGACCGCGCGAUCGCCACAAAGAAGGACGAGAUCAAGCAUCUGGUUGAUGUAACAAAGAAGCUCUGCGAUGAGUUCAAGGCAAACGCUGGCGACAAAACUGUUGAAUACGUUGCACAAAACCAUGCGCUGAGCACAAGCGAUGCUCGUGAAUGGCUGGGAGGGACAGAAUGGGCUUGCGCCCUGCACGUGGAGAAGCGCACGCUUGAUGCGACACAGGAAGCCCUCACCACCAUCGGGCAGAUAAAAGAGGCAGUCGCGCAUCAGCAGCUCUAUUCAUCAGAGCUUUGCCAGGUGAUCUGA